CCAUGCGCAUGCGCAGAAGGAACCCGCCAUUAAAGCAACCUCACAACGUGAGUGUUUCGUUGGAGUGCACUCUACUUAAAAAGGUGCAAUUUUUGAACAUAUACCUCCCGCUGGUAUUUUCUUGGAAGAAUGGCGUACAGGGGACAAGGACAGAAGGUGCAGAAGGUUAUGGUGCAGCCCAUUAACCUAAUUUUCAGGUAUCUACAAAAUCGCUCACGGAUCCAGGUCUGGUUGUAUGAGCAGGUCAACAUGCGGAUAGAGGGCUGCAUUAUUGGUUUUGAUGAGUAUAUGAAUCUAGUUCUUGAUGAUGCAGAGGAGGUCCACAUGAAGACUAAGAACAGAAAGCCGCUGGGGAGGAUCAUGUUGAAAGGAGACAACAUUACCUUGCUGCAGAGUGUGACCACCUAGGACAGUGGAGAUGCCUACAAACCUUACCUUUCCUAGAAAGAAAUGUUUCCCUCCUUGUUUUAUUUUUGCGAAUGGUGUUAAGUAUGUUUGUGUUUAUACAACAUGAAUAUUGUAAUUGUUUCUUUCUACCACUUGGAUUUGAGAAUAAAUUUUUUUUUUUCUUA